AUGCAGAUCAAAAUUACGUCCAAUUUACUUGGAAUGCUUAGUCUCAGCCAAUGGCAGUCCGUACUUACUAGUCUCUCUUUUUGCUACCCCACAGCGCAAAAUCCCCUCGGACAUGCGACAACAGCAAAGAAACGAAAGGAUCCCCAGUCUGGACUGAGGAGAAUGGAGGAAACCAACGUGGCAAGCCCAGCGCAGCAACGAAUCCCGAAUACGAUUGAGGAUGCAGAAAUAACAAAUACGUAUUUUUCCUUCACCGAGCCCAGCUCACCUGCAGACGAUCCCGACAACUCGCAAUUACUCAUCGGCGAAUCCUUGAUCCCCGUACGAGAACGAAGGCAUGCAGGCACCACCGUCGUCAGUAUUGAUGGAUUAUUGAAGGAACCGUUACAACUCAAGGAAGACUUGAAGGAAGGAUGUGGGGGGCAACUAUGGCCAGCAGGGUUGCUGCUGUCGAGAUACAUGCUGGAGGAACAUGCCACCGAUCUCGUGGGUAAGACUAUAGUGGAGCUAGGAGCAGGUGGUGGUUUGGUCGGCUUAGCUGUCGCACGAGGCUGCCAAACCGACAAACCGAUAUACGUCACCGACCAAAAACCUAUGAUGCAGUUAAUGGCAGACAAUAUCUCACUGAACGGACUCUCGACAAAGGUGAAACCCGUUUUGUUGGACUGGGCCGAAUCGCCCCCAGCGGAGAUACCAGAGCAUCCAGAGAUUGUUCUCGCCGCGGACUGCGUGUACUUCGAGCCUGCCUUCCCGUUGCUGAUAUCUACGCUACAGAGACUCUUGGGGCCAGAUACAAUAUGUUAUUUCUGUUUUAAACGGCGGCGACGUGCUGAUCUGCGUUGUAUCAAGAUGGUCAAGAAACUGUUCAACGUGACUGAGGUCAACAGUUUCUCGACGUGUGAUGGAUACAACAGGGAGAAUCUCUUCUUAUACAAGAUCCAGUCCCGACAGAAGAGCAAAGAUUAG